AUGCUAGAAGGCUUGGUAGCCUGGGUACUGAAUAAUUCUGUGGGAAAAUAUGUCGAGAAUCUCAAUACCAGUCAGCUUUCUGUUGGUCUACUAAAAGGUCAAGUGGAACUCGAAGAUCUUCCUCUGAAAAAAGAAGCCUUCAGACAAGUCUUGUUCCCCUUGGAGAUCAAGAAUGGCUACAUCGGAAAGGUGCUCAUCAACAUUCCCGUUACUCGUUUACGCUCAGACCCAUGGGUCAUAACCAUAGAGCGCCUCUACGUCGUUUUAGGGCCGGUUCCUCUCGACCAAUACAAUGGCGAUCUUUACGAAGAGAUCGCUCAGAGCGCCAAACUGUCGAAGUUGGACGCUUUCGAAGCGGAAUGGAAAUCUUCGCGGCUCAGCAGCCAGAACACCUACGGGGAUUCGUACACUUCUUGGCUCACGUACGGAUCCUCCUUGUUCACCUCAAUCGUCAGCAAUCUUCAACUCAAGGUUCAAGACGUCCAUAUCCGCUACGAGGAUACGGUGGACGGUCUGGACUUCGCUUGGGGCCUCAUGGUGAAAAGCGCGUCAAGCGAGUACGCUCCAGAUGACAACAGCAAGGAUCAAAACUCUCAAAGCAAAGGCUAUGUCAGCCAGCAGCUCCAGCUGAAAGGCGUAUCGCUGUACUGGGACAAUGAUGCGAUGCACAUCGGCGACCUGGAGAUGGGUCGCAUGGCCAACUGCAUGGACAAUCUGCGAAAUUUCUGCGUACGCUCAAACGAGACGUCCUGCGAGCACAAGCUGCUCCUUUCUACACCGGACGGUGCUCAGGUCCUACUGUCGAGGAACCAAUCCGAAAGACCCUUGCGUUCGCGGAACGAGCCUCGAAUCAAAUGCACGCUCCAGGUCUCUACGCUACCGAUCCUGAUCACGGAUGCUCAGUACGGCCAAAUGGUUCGCUGUUACCAAAGCAUUGACAUCAAUCACAAGAAAUGGAAGUACCAAAAAUGGCGGCCAGAUGUCCCGGUCAGAGGAAAUGCAAAGGCUUGGUGGGUCUUUGCAACGAAAGCCACCACAGAGCAACUGAUGAAGAGGAAAUCCUGUGCCACGUACGAAUAUGCUCUGGGCAAAGCUCGUGAGGUCCGGCGCUACGUAUCCAUUUACAAGCGGUUUUUGACUGAUGACAACAUAACCAAAGAGGACAUCGAGGAGAAGAGCUCCAUAGAGCGAGGAUAUGAUUUCGAGACGCUGUUAGCCCUGCGAGAAAUCAUCAUGAAACGAAUAGAGGAUGAGUGCAAUCUUCAGAAUAGCAAACAGAACGACUCGGAGAAAAACGGAGAUUCGGCGCAGUCGGGUGGUUUUCUUCAGUAUUGGUUUCCGGGAUGGACGGGGGGAUACACCAAAUCUGAUGAGGGUUCGGAGGGGGCUCCGAGUAGCCAGCUUCAGGGCCACGACAAUCGCAGCGACAUGUCCGUGUCGACUGAAGCCAGCAUGCCGGCCAGUCAGUUUGAAGAGGAGCUGAUCGCGGCUCUGAAUCGGUUGGACGACGAGCACUAUUUCUUGCGAGAUGCGACCUUGGCACACGUAACUUUCCACCUGAAAACCUGCACUGUUACCCUGCAGCCAGCAGGGCGAGACUUAUGCUGUCUGAAGGUCGAAGACGUCUGGGCGCAGUUGAAGUCGCACCCGAGAGCCCGAAGUUAUUCCGUGCACACAAAAGUGGGCUCGCUCCAGUUCACCGACAAGACCCUCCCUACUGUGAUUUAUCAACACCUCGUCUCGCCCCAUACGACGAAUCAGGACUCGCAGGUGUACCUGAGAUCAGGACAGAAGAUCUCCGCUUCUGAUCUCUUCAGGCCGCGAUCCGCACCGACACCUCCGCCCAGUACGGCUCCCUUGUUCGAGGUGAUCUACGAGAAGAAUCCGUGGGCUUCGACGGCCGACCAUCGACUUGUUGUGAACACGCAAUCUCUGGACAUCGUUUAUAGCCCGAGUUCUUUCAAGAGUAUCCGAGAAUUCCUGACGCCGGUCGGAUCUUAUCACGACAUGAUCGACGAUGCGGUGCAGCAACAUUUAGAGCAUUUGAAGCAGGAGACCAAAACAAAUCUACGUUCCAAAGUCGACGCGAUGCUCCGAGGAGGACAGGUCAUACAGCGUUGGGAUUUGAACCUCGACAUCUGCGCCCCUCAGAUCAUAGUUCCUGAAACGUUCACCGAUCGAAGUUCGGUCGCAGUUAUGUUCGAUUUAGGUCGACUGCAAUUCCGGAAUCAGGCCUCUUUCGACAAAGUGAAAAUUGACAAAUCGAAGCAGCAGAUCGAAGACGACGUCGACGAAGACGAUUUCCGAACACCGUGCUCAACACCACCCGGCGAUCUUGAUUCGACUGUAGUCUCCGAGCCCAAGUCCCAGAAUCGACAGAUCACUAGUCCUGGUUUCGAGUCCUGCGCAGUGUCCGAGGCGGACUUCAGGGAGCGGAUGUACGAUCGUUAUACGCUAAAUCUUCAGGAUAUGCAAGUUAUGGUGACGACCUCGUCCCGGGAAUCCUGGAAGUUCGCUCAGCUUCGCGGCUCGUCGCACCUUCAUGUUGUCGAUCGUUUCAACAUAUCGAUGCGUUUCGAGCGGCGACUUCUGUCCACGGACGAUCCACAGUUCCCGUCCGUCAUCGUCCAGGCCCAGCUCCCGCGAUUGGUGCUCCACAUCAGCGAGCAGAAAGUCAGUGCUCUCACCUCCUGUCUUCGACUCCUGGGCCGCGCGGACGGGAUGCCUCAAACUUCAGCUCUCUCCGCCCCGGUCCAGAAGCGGGAACCCUUACACAAACCAAGUCAAUCAAGUGUCCUGUUUUUCGGGCAGUUCGUCAUCGAACAAAUGUCCUGUGAAAUGCAGAGUCAGGGGAAAUGUCUCGCCGAGCUCCAAGUGAACGGUGUACAGGUCACGUCGACGCGCUACCCACAUAUGCAGUCGUUGAACUUGCAAGUUCAGGGGCUGCUUCUCGUCGACGCGGUCCAAACGCAUGGAUCGGAUUUCGACCUGCUGCUCGCUUCGCAUAAACACAUCACUAUGGACAGCCGUUCAGGUUCGAUACGAGACUCGGAGCCCAAUUCUCCGAUUUCGCCGGCGUCCCCGAAAGGCUACCACUGCAUAACGCCGCCGGUGAAUCAGAGUCUCGCCCCAGAAAGCGGGGCCGUGAAGCCGAGCAUGUUGACGUCCCUCCUAUCGAGUCUUCACAGAACUAUUUCUCCCGCUGCUUUCGGAUCCGCUAGUCUCGAUCAGAUGCAAUUCGUGCCCCGGGGCUCGAGCGCUGUGUCCCCGAUCCCGGUUUUCCCGACCGUCGACGGUGAAAAUAAUAACGACGCUCUCAUCAGCAUCGAGCUCAUGUGGGGAAUGCCGGAGAAAGACGAAGAUGACAACAGGGAACAGAACGUGAUACUCCAAGUCGGUUUUAACAAUCUCGACGUCAUUGCCAACCAAGAAACGAUUGUGGAGUUGGUUUCCUUCGCUCAGUGUAUUCACAAGGCAUCCCAACCUCCAGAGCUGAUAACUCAGCAAACGAGCGCCGCGGACUCCAAUGACAGAGGCUUCAAGGCGUCUUCCAUCCACGUGACGUUCGACUUCCACCGGCUGAACGUGCUCCUGUUGCGGUCGACGGGAGACAAGUCAUCCUGUCUUUCAUCGGCAAACCUCAAACUCGCUACCGCUACGCUUUCCGGAGCGAAAAUCAGUGCAGUCUUAGAGGACAGCCUCAAACUGAGCGUGGUUCUCGGCGGCCUCCAAGUCUGCGACCUACUUUCUGGUCACGCUCUGCAAAAUCGCGUAAACAACAAUACGAAUCAUUACGUUGUGAACGUGGGUCUGAAUCCCGAUUGCGAGGACCAAGUACCAAGCAUAGGGAAGCAUUUGUAUCAUACCAGCGGGGGAAACGAAGAAGAAUCCGCGGCGUUAGUGCUUCAUAUUGUUAGAGAAUAUCCUGGAACGGUCGAUUGGACUUCGACGAUCAAGAGGGGGACGAAGAUAAAUAAGGGGCGGAGGUUCUCGCGAAGACCUACAGUUGAAAUUCAAGAUUCCCAGCUGAAAUUUUCGAUUUCUAAGCCCUUAUCCAUUUCACAGCUGAACAACUCUCUCAAAAUGGACUUGCACAUGGCAUCCGUGGUUUAUACUCAUUCACCGCGGCUCUUGCUGGAGUUGGCAAGCUGCGCAAUCGAAUUCCGAGCGUACAUGACGAAACUCGCGUCUUCGCUGAAGACUGCGGCCGCAGAAGUAGCAAAGGGAAUCGUGGGCUCUGAGUUGUCGAUUGAGGAUGCUCUAGAUGUCAGCCUUUCUGUGAUAUUGGAAACACCUGUGAUAGUACUCCCCUGUGAAUUGAGUCGACCGAACGUUCUGGUGGCUCACUUGGGGCGGAUGACUGUGAGCUCGACCUCAACGUCGAGCUACCGCGUGGAACUCAAAAAUACGUCAUUGUACUCACUCGAUAGCAAUCUGAGUCCGAAUUUCGAUUGUUCUGUCCAUGGUCGCGCGAUGCUUCACAACACCCAGAUCGACCUUAUGAUCGAGCAGGUAGUGAAGCCUUCGCAGCGGACGUCCCCAACCGAGCGGCCUGAUCCAAUCGACGAUGUCUGGCAGCUCGAGGGCUGCGUUGUUGGCCCACUCAAGGUCGCUGUGAGCAAAAGUCAGUUCGCCCAAUUAUUGGAUACGUUAAAUGAAAUAGGAGCUGCCUCCAGCGAUGUUACAGUCGAUCGAGCUCACCUGAUCGGAGAGCAAAACCACAAUUCGAUCGAAGAUUCCGAAGGGAAAUUGAAAUACGGCGUUCAUUUCGCCAUACAAGAAUUCAUUGUCGAGUUCACCGAGGAACCCGGACGGGCAUUCGCUAGGGUCGCGUUCCAAGAAUUCGACGUCGAAAUGAUUCGCCACGCGAAGCAGAGUGAUGUAAAUAUGUCGCUACGUGGGUUAGUGAUGGAAGACUUGUACGAAGAAGAAACUUCGAAUCACCGGAUAUUGAUCUCCUCGCACACCAAAGAAGAAGCGCGGCCGCUUUCCACAGAGAAUUUAUCGUCGGUCAGUGGAGUCCCCCUCCGGUACGACUACCUCAGCGCGUCGAAUCCCAAUCUCGUCUCAGAAGCCGAAUGCGAUUUCCUCCCCCAUGGGAGAUUCCGGUGUCGAUCGUUGCCGGACAUUCUGUGUACGAAGAAUAUUUUCAAAAAGCUCGACAAGAGAUCAAUACUCCACGAUCGGAAGCACCUUGCCUUCAUUAACACCAACUCGGCGGAAUCCGAGUGCUUCUGUCCGAAAACCCCUCCUCCUUCCCCAACUCCGUCCAUUCCUUCGGACUCUUGUCCCGAAGGAACUCUUGUUGAGAUAUCCAUGGCCACCACGGAGGACUGUGGAAACGGUCGCCAACGCCGGAUAACGAUCGAUCUCAACUCGUUGAUGGUCAGCGUCAACGUCAGACCGUGGGUCAUGGUGUUGGAUUUGUUGUCGAAGCCGGCGUACACUGCGAACAGGAAUUCGGUGAGCCUGGACGCAGAACCGACACCUCACGACUUGCUGUCGACAACUCUUGAGUAUUCCGUGCAGAACUUCACCUUGCAACUGAACUCCCAGAAUUAUGAGAUCUGCGAAGCACAAGUUAGGCAGCUCUGGUUCCGAUCUAGUAUGUCACCGACCAGUACCGACGUAUCCGGACGCCUGGGAAAGGUCCUGGUGCACGAUCUGACACCGUUCGGCAGCCAGGUCUAUCAAGAGCGAUUCGUGACUUCGGGCAACGAGGCCCUCCAUUUCAAAUUCACCAGGAGCAAGGAUGAGAGCGAUCGUUAUCAACUCGAGAGUACCAUGACCUCGGUACUCGUCGUGUAUACUCAUCUAUUCAUGUCGGAGAUCGUGAACUUCAUAUCGGAGUUCUCCCAAGUUCAGGAACUACUCGCGAGGAUGCAAAACCAGUUCGUACCUCAGCCCCGCCAGAAGGCGAAGGUCGAUCUCCGUAUAAAAGCGGGGUCUCCGCUAAUAGUUGUUCCCCGGAACUCGCAUCAUCAAGAUGCGCUGGUGCUGAAUCUCGGGAGCGUGGAUAUCUCCACGCAAUUCGUGCAGACCGAGUGUUUGAACCAGGUCAUGGAAUUGAGUUUGUCGGAGAUGGAUUUGUAUUGCGGGAUUUACGAGAGAGACGUCACUCGGAGGAAAUCCUCGCUCGAUGCCAAUUGCCCCUUCAACAUUCAAAAGAAGGGUUUCCCACUCCUCGACGAGAAGUUUGAAAUGCGGCUCAGAGUCUUCAGGAACCUCGAUUCUGAGAUCAGUCACAUCGAACCGGACUGGACGGCGCGAGGAGAUGUGUCUCGGGCUAACAUAACGCUCGACAAAAGCCAAUACGAGCUCAUAUCGGGAAUACUCUUCGAAAACCUGAGUGAAGGCGUUCAUCUCCAAACCUCGACCCCGGCUCCCGUUGUAGCCCCAGCACCCGACGACGACGCAUGGGUAAAUCUUCUCCUGGCGAUCGACCUGCACAACGUCACCCUGAACCUGGUCGCCAGUCGCAACACCCAAUCCGACCUCGCCAAAGUGGAAUUCAUCGAUUCGAAACUCUCGGUGUCGACGUACACCAACGGCCGCAAAGAUGUCGAUUUGGUCUCCCAAGAAAUUCGGGUCCGCGACACCCGUUUCUCGAAUCCGGAUGGACGCACGAACGUAUUCAGUGACAUGCUGCUGCCGACGCGCGGCAGAGAAGGACGCGGACUUCAAAUGGAACUUCACUACCGAACAUUCCCGAAUAGGUUGACGCUUCUUCUGAACAACAUGAGGUUGAUGGCCAUCUUCGAUUGGUUCAAACAGACAGCCCAGUUCCUGACCUUGCCGCAGCCCGCGGAAAAUCACAGAUCCGACGUCAAGGUGCCGGGUUACCGGGACGAUACCCACCUUCAGCCAAACGAACCGAUGCAAUUACAGUUGAAGCUCAGCAUGACCGACACCGAGGUGGUCGUCGUCGAAGACGCGUCGACGUACGACACUAACGCCGUUAUCUUGAAGUCAACCGCUGUACUCACGUGGCACGGCUCCUCGGACCUGAAAAGACCGCUGAUAUGCGACUUACAGAACCUGGAAGUUUUCUCUUGUGUUCUGGGCACUGAAGACAAAACAGCUCUGUCGAUCAUCGAUCCAGCUUCGAUUUCGUUCGAAAUGAAUUCAAAGCAUGGCGACGCGUACGAGCUCGAAGCCAGUUCCCAUCUACUGUGUAUACGUCUCUCGUACAACGACAUGACGAUGUUCAGAAAAAUUCUCGAAUGUCUCCCGAGUCAAGCUGUGGGGGACACGACGGAAUUCGAGAGGAACGUCUCGAAAUUGAAAGAACUCGGUUUCUCUCACAACGACUGCGUACUCGCGUUGAGGAACUGCAGGAGUCAAAUCGAUGAGGCGGCGCUCUGGUUGCUGCAGAACGCAGAGCCUAUCAAGGCAACAAAAUCGAACCGAUGGACCAUCUGGAACCUACCGGUCGGCAUGGGCAAGAUCCGGUUGCAAGAGUUCAGAGUUUGCUUUAUCGAUGACUGCGGCAAUGCGGACGUUCCGCUGUUUGAACUCCGGCUGCAGGACACGGAUGCACAAUUGAGGCUCGACGAGAAAAAUUGGCAGAUAAAUUCGGCCUUGCGCAUCGAUUACUAUAACCGGAUCCUUUCGGGCUGGGAGCCACUCGUCGAACCGGUUCGGAUUGAGGCCAAGUGGCGUCUAACGUCGAGAUACGUCCUCGAGCUGGAGAUGGAUGGCAACCUGAAUAUCAACAUCACCUCUUCACUGAUCGACAUAGCUCAGCGCGUACGGGACUCCUGGCAAGACGACCGUGAGACGCUCGAUAAGCCCGACAAGCCAUUGAAAGCUCUGAGCGCGGUAAAACGUGCUCCUUUCGUCCCCUUCGCGUUAAAGAACUCGCUGGGUUGCGCGAUAGAGUUUGCUACGGUGACUACGAUGGCUGGCAACCGUGAACCGAGGGCCCAGAAUAAAUUAUUCCAUAGAGUCGAAGCGGGAGAAACGGUGCCUUUCUCCUUUGCCUCUCAAGCCAAACUGCGACAUCAGGAAUCGCAUCAAUGGCUAGUUCGUCAGAUUGUGGUGCGAGUUGAGGGUUGCGAGGAAAUGGAGCCCGUUUCAGUGGAUAGGGUCGGUGAAUACUUUCGGCUUGUCCGCCCGGUCAACUCGACGGUUUCCGCGAUCGGAAGGAUAGUUUUCCACAUCGAGCUGGAAGGACCUGCACUGAAAAUGAUCAAUGUGAGAAGCGCUUUCGUGGUGAAGAAUUUCACUUCGGAUAAAGUCAACGUCAACAUCACCACCGCCACCCUUGUCGGCGCCCCACAAUCCGCCCAAAACUCGAAGCUCGUGAUAGAGAGCUCCUCGAAUCAGUCGUUGCCGUUCGCCUUCGAUUACACCUCGAUAAAAGUUCGUCCCGAAAAUUUGGAGAAGCUGCUCGCGGCAGAGCUCGGUUGGAAAGGUGCAACAUCCUAUAACCCGACGUUCGUUCUCCGCGGUGAAUGUCGACCGCUCAAAGCAGGGGUCCAGCCCUACAACUUUGCAGUCACCGUCCGCCGCGAGCCGUUCCCGAACGUUUUAUUCACGCCGAGCGAGAAACAUGCUCCGUCCCAUACAAUCUUGCUCAACGCUCCCGUGAAGCUCUACAAUCUGUUACCGAUGGAGCUCCACUACGAAAUCGAAGAGCCGGUGAAAAUCAGCGGAGUUGUGAAGAACAGGCAUUCGACAACCUUCCAUCAAAUCUCGACCGAGCUCCGAGUCGUCAUCGGCUUCCAACUCGACGGAUACACCUGCGGGAACAAAUUGAUUCUGGACCCCGGAGCGACUUCAGGACCGUACAGCAUAGUGCUCAAGGACGCUGAGCACAGAUCCCUCAUGCUGAGGGCGAAUGUCGAAGUCAGUCUUGCUGGUGCUUACAAGAUCUACGUCUGUGCUCAAUACUGGCUGAUCAAUCACACGGGUCUUCCAUUGAUCUUCAAACAAGAUGGCGUUAACUAUGAGGCGGCCGGUCAACCUCCGGAGCACGAGGCGGCACGCUCGGUCGUCCCUCUCUUGUUCUCCUUCUGCGACAGCGAAGCUCCCCAAUCGUGCUGCAUGAGACUCGGGAACCGAUUUCAACUAGGACAGUCAUUCCAACCCAAAUGGAGUUAUCCCUUCCCGCUGGACAGCGGUGUCGGUAUCUGUAAGCUGUUCCUGUCAUCGACCAACAACAGCCCCGACCGCGUCUACAACAUCGGAAUCUACGGCAAACAGGGGAAAGGGGUCUUCAAGGACACUCACUUCAUAGUUUUCAGUCCACUUUUCCAAUUAGUGAACAACACGUCGAAAAUUCUCGAAUUCGCUCAGAAAUUCGCCGCCGUCAGAAAGCAGGACCGGCAUAUAACUUCCGCCAUGCCGAGGAGCUCGGUUGCUUUCCAUUGGCCGAGGGUCGACCUCGAUCCCCUGCUGUGCAUACGUACUGACAACUCUAUCUGGUCAGGCGGUUUCCACAUCGACAAGCCGACGAGCUCAACCCACAUCCACAUCCGGACUGAAACCAUGCAGAGCACGGAGAGCCUGUUCAUUCUGGUCGAGGUCAGACAACACUAUGGCACGUUCAUUGUCACGUUCACUCAACCCGAGUCCGUGCCGCCCCCGAUGCGGAUCGACAAUUUCUCCGAGGUGCCGAUCAGGUUCAAUCAGAUCGGAGUUGAAGACGAGAAGCGACGUUACACGGUCAAAGCCGGAUCGUCAAUGCCGUAUGCUUGGGACGAACCGACGGAAACGCCACGAAUAUCUGUAGCGGCUCCCGACGGAGUCUGCGAGACAUACGACAUGCGAACUUUCAAAGAGGGCGAGCCAUUGUGCUACGAGAAUUUCUUCUACAUCGCGUUCUCUGGAACCUUCCUGGAGCCGAAGCCGGCGGUGCCGCAGAAAUCCGCACGGAAUGUGAAAUCGGAAGAAUUGGUCCUCGACGUCUUGCCGGAAAACCGGAUCGUCAUAAACCGGAAAGAUGUCGGUUCGCGAAAUCAGCUCUGGCGUAUGACGGCCGAGCAAAUGCUCCAACACGAGGGCAGCAGUACCCCCCUCGCUCCGGGUCAACCAUCCUCGUCGCACAACCAAAGCGGGGGACGUGUAUUCGUCCUCGACAUCGACGCCCCGGCAGCAGACCCCCACCGAUGUGUGUCGUUGAUUCUGCGUAAACCAGAUCCGCGCAGACGGAGUCUGCAGACGUGGACGUUCACCACCGAGGGUUUUCUGAAGUGUGAUAUCGGAAAUCUCUUCGUCCAAGCCAAGAACGGUUUGAAAGGGCUGAGGAAGGGAGGCGAAGCUGUUCUAGGACCAUUGAACUAUUACGAAUGCACAGAGUACCUCCCCCACACGAUCCGGACUCCCUGCCCCAUUCCGCUCCAUUGUGCGGUGGAGACGAAAAAGAUGAGAGGAGGAUGUGGAAUUUUGAAAGUCGCCGUCUGCAUCGACGGUCCAACGAUCGUUCUCCGGAUCACCGAUUUCGCCAACGACCAAGUGCUGCCUGUUUACAAGAGCCGCGCGAACGCCCUCGCCUUCAGGAACGAAACCGAUCAUGGGUCGAGGACUUCGAGCUCGCCCGAUAUCGAAGUCAAUGUAAACUUCAAGCAGGGCGUCGGAAUAUCUUUCAUCAACGAAUCGGAAGAAAUACUCCUCGUGUCGCUGCAGAACGUCCUGCUGUCCUUUUUCCAGGACGAGAGCUUGCAGAAGUUCGACAUGUCCGUACGACAUCUUCAGGUUGACAACAUGCUGCCCGACGCCGAAAGACCUUGCGCAUUGUACGUCACGCCGGAAAGCAGCAGGGAUGAGUAUUCACAUCUUCCGGCAGCGAGCAUAAAAGCGUCCCGGCUCCUCAAUUAUAACACCGACGUCUUCGUAUUCGACUAUUUCAUGAUGAGCAUCAAGGACACCACCCUGGCCUUGGAAGAGAAACUCAUGCUCAAAAUGUUCCAAAUGUUCCGAGAUUACAUCCCAUUCCUCAAUGAGCCGGAGGAUCUCCAUCUCAUCGAGCAGCGCAGCAUGGCCGUAGACGCUCUCAGGGAGAGCGGUCGGAAGUUUUACUUCAAGAACUUGAGAAUUAAUCCCCAUAACUGCAAACUCAGCGUUCUACCAGCGAGAUCAGGAUCCCUGGAUGAAGGACUCCGGCAGAUCAAGAAACAGGUCGGCUGGAGUCUGAUAAGAUUCGAGGAUGCGGGUGUUCACCUGAACGCUUUCGAGAAAAAUCAUCCGUUCGAAACGCUGUCAUUCCUCAUGGGAACAGCUUCGGCUUUCUACAGCAAGGAGCUUCAAAAACAAGCUCGAUACAUCAUGGGCAACGUGGACUUCUUUGGGAGUCCGCUCGGAUUCCUCCGGGACGUGAAGGGAAGUUUCAAGGAAGCCAUCAGCGGCAGAAACCCUUGGACUUUGGUCAAGGGCCUGACCUACGGCGCGUCCAAUUCGGCGGCGAAACUGACGGGCAGCCUGUCCGACACAUUGAAAAAUCUGGCAAGCACCGAAUCGAGCAACGCUCUUGUCGUCGCGCAGCCGAAUCUCGGACCUGGCGAGAAUCAAAUCCUUGGAGGUUUGAGGGGUCUCGGCCGGGGUCUCCGCGACGGCUUCGGAGGCCUGUAUCAACACCCCUAUGAGGGUCUGACCAACGGACUGCAAGGGUUCAUGGAAGGUGUUGGCCGCGGUCUAGUGGGGUCCGGCGUCCUACCCAUUGCUGGGGUGCUGGAUUUCGCUACGGGCGUCGCGGCAACUGUCAGAGACAGCUCCAAUAUCCGGGAGCGUCCCUCACGGCAUCGACCCAUUCGUCUGACGAGAGGACCCCGAGGUCUUCUGCCUUGUUAUUCGGCGUCGGUCGCAUCGGGUCAGAUGUACCUCAUGGAAAUCCUCGCCGCGAACGCCAGCAAUCCGACGGAUAGAGGAGCUUUCAACGAAUUCUUCCUGACGAUGCACCCGCUCGAGAACGGUGGCCAGCUCAUCGUUUCCAACAAAAGGAUUCUGAGAGUGUCGUCGAAGAAGAUCAUGCUGGACGUGAUCCAUCUCUGUGAGUUACAGAGCGCGCAUCUUCUGGUGACAUUGGGCUCUUCCUCGUUGAUGCUCACGCUGACGGGCCAGCAACACAAACGCAUGGACUGCGGCGAUUCGGAUGAUGCGACGGUUUCGGCUUUACGUGAGGUCGUUCAGUGUAUAAACUACGCUGUUUUCACUUUCGAAGAGGAACGCUAUCGACUGCCGACCAGGGACGAGGACGAAUCGACCGAACUAGAUGUGCGAGAUUCGCACCAAAUGAGAGCUCACGAGUGA